CCAGCACAUCAACAAACCUCUCGACCGCCCGUGCUUGUGUGACAGAUGCGGCCGGCAACUUGACUUCUUGUCCUCCUAGUUCAAGAGCCUACUCUAGCUGUUUCCGCCUCCUGAUAACAGCCGAGACGACGGGGGAGCGUGGAUAUACCGCAAUAAAGAUGACCUCCUAGCAAGAAAUCCAGGACCUGCUCUGGAAGAUCAGACGCGAGCUCAUGAAAUGCAUCAGGCGCUUUGUCGCCGAAGGCAUCGAUUUCUCCUUCACCCGCACUUCGGAUCUGAAUCGAGCGUGGGACGAUAGUCGGUUGCGCGCUCUCUUUGCUGGCGACCUUCCAGGAGGGCAACUAGACGAGACACAACUUAACCAUUUGCGAAACAACGCCCUCCCCCUCCUCUCCUUUGCGUCUAUCUUCACAGCAUUCCUUGGAACUGGUUCGUCGAAACUUUCCCGCGCAAGGCGUUUCAAGAAACCGGCCAGCCUGAUCCGCAGCUCGCUCUCAUACUAUCUCAGAAAGAUCGCAGUCCCCAGGAGUUCAAGGAAAUUGUCGAAGGGUUCAUGGGGGAUUCCAUCGGGGAUUCCAUCGGGGACUCCAUCCACCGCCUCGAUUUCGACAAACUCUACUACUCCAUCCCGCCCGAAACGGCCCGAAACGCUCCGAUUUACAAACGAGCCUGAGGAGCCUAUAAAGAUAUACGGAAAAUGCGGGCUGCUAAUAGAGACCCAGGAGGAUCCCUUGUCAGAACGAGGCUCGCAAGGGCAUGUCUACUUCGGCAGAGUACAUCCAGACAAUGUCCAGGCGUAUCCUUACAACCACCACCAGGCAUUCAGACCGGAAAAGCCGUGCGCAGUCGCUGUCAAAGUUUUCAACAGACACCUGGAGGCCCUUCGUGAGGUCGAGAACCUGAGGCACCUUAAAGACAUCGCGGGCAACCCGGACGGCAGAUAUCCCAACUCUCUCCAUCACGCCAUUAUACACCACUAUGCGAGCAAUGAAGAAGACCAGUUGCCAAUGCCAAUGGUAAUAUUUCCAUUUGCGGAGCUUGGGAAUCUCUGGCAGUUUCUUUAUGGAAGCUCUGCGGUUGGCGAUGUUGAUGGAACCUUUCAGCUCCUCAGCUUCGCGCAGCGUUUCCCCGACAUCGCCGCACCACCGGAGGGGAAGGCGAAGAUAGUUGGCAAAGAACUGCGGAUGAGGCUCCUGGAGCAGUGCCUUGCUCUAGCUGGGGCCCUGCGGUUUCUUCACGGCCGCAUCGAGCACCGCGACAUGAGCUACAAGCUUGCGCAUAUGGGCCUAAAGCUCAACAACAUCAUAAUAUCAUCACACCCGAACUCCCCCCGUGGGACUAGUACAUACCAGGCCCCCGAGGUGCAUUUCUCGUGGCACGGCGGCAAAAUACGGAGGGAGAAUCCGGUGCGCGUGGGCCGCAUGAGCGACCUCUGGUCCUUUGGCGCCAUCAUUGCCGAGGUGCUCGCUUUCGCCGUAGGAGGCACUGAUGAGUUCGAGGCCUUUCAUGGACAUCGCCGCGGGCUAGUGGCUGAGGAUGCGAUCAGCAAAACCGACUUCUUCUGGGAGGUCCCACGGGGAUACAUGGCUGGUGUUCCCAACGCUCAACCUCAUCCACAAACGGGCGGGGCUGAGGGAGGCAAUCAAAUAUAUCCUGCCCAGGUUCGACCCGGUGUCGUCCAGUGGCUGGCGAACAUUGAGAGCAGCAACCCCGACUGUGCGCCUGGGUUCGAUGUCCUCUACCCUCAGAAGGAGCGUACCCCCGAUACGGAGCCACCCGUGCCGGAGCCUGGCCCCGAGCCUAACGCGAGCGAAGGAGUUUAUCUCGCCAAAUCCAAGGUGUACAUUGUCGGCAUUCAUGAGGAAUCAGUCCAGCCGCUUGACCGGACUCUAAACCCACCAUACGAGCAGCCGCUACCACAUGACAGCGACGAAAAGUUAUGGAAAGGAAUUGCUUCCGCCGGGGAAUACAUAGUCUUGUACGGAUGCGAACGGGGCGGGUCUCGAUCAUCUGUGUUUAACUAUGCGACGAGGGUCGCGGUUUCUCCCGAAGGGCUCGUUGUUCUCAUUGCUGGCGCGGGAAAGGAUCUGCUGAUGCUCAACGCAAAUCUGGGCUGCACUGUGGCCACGAAGAGCUUCAUCUGGAUCCUGGGCUGCCCCCUCGAGGAGUCGGCGACGGGGAGGUUACGGGGUCUGGGGCAGAAUCCAUUCAAGCCACAGCCGUGCGUGCUUGCAGUGCACGACGGCCGGCUACUCCUAACGGUGGACAAAACCGGAAGCUUGACUACACACGCCUUAUCCGAAGCCGCCGCGCCGGGAGGCGACAGGCGCCCAACGACCCAGCUCGGAUCACCGAAGAAGGGUGUUUACAAAUUCUCAAGUGCGCCAAACCCCGGGUCGCAGCUGCGCGCUUUCGGCGAUGCCGGCGCCACCUUGGUGCUACUGUGUCACGUCGACGGGGCCCUUGAAGUAGCCAGGAUUUCGCCCCCUAUCUAGUGACGAACUUUCUUUUUCUUCUUCCUUGCCCCCGAUUCGGCUGUAUUAGUUUUGCGGGCCGUUUAUGCAGGGAUUCUGUGAUUUUAUGAUACCCAUUGGUUUUCUGUUCCUACCCGC